ACCAGCAGGGGCUGCAGGGAGGGAGAUUUUCAGAGAGGUCUCAGCACAAGGCGGCAGGAAGGCCGCUCAGACAGCGCUGAGACAUUCACUGCUCCAGAAAUGCUGCUCAGAUCUCUGCUCCCGGUCUGUAUGAGGGGAGUCCGCGGUACUGGGACCCCCAGAGCUAUGCACCAGCUGGCCAGCACUGCAAAGCCUGCCCUGGAUAUCUCGGGCAUUUACCCUCCGAUAUCGACCCCCUUCGAUGAGCGGGAACAGGUGGACUAUGACAAGCUGGAGGAGAACCUGCAAAAGUACUCAAGCAUCCCAUUCCGAGGCAUAGUUGUUCAAGGGUCAAAUGGAGAGUAUGCUUACAUGAGCAGGGAGGAGAGGCUGGAGAUCGUGCACAGGGUCCGUCAGAAGCUCCCUAAGGAGAAGAUUCUAAUUGCAGGAUCAGGAUGUGAAUCAACACAGGCCACUAUUGAAAUGAGCCGUCAGAUGGGAGAGGCUGGAGCAGAAGCCGUUCUUGUGGUGACACCGUGCUACUAUCGAGGCAGAAUGACUAGUUCUGCUCUAGUUCAUCAUUACACUAAGGUUGCAGACUCUUCCCCUGUGCCCGUUAUCCUCUACAGUGUUCCUGGGAACACGGGGCUGGACCUGCCUGUGGAUGCUGUUGUUGCCUUGGCAAAACACCCCAACAUCAUAGGGAUCAAGGAUAGCGGAGGAGAUAUCACACGUAUGGGACUUAUAAUACAUAAAACCCAGCACCUGGACUUCCAGGUGCUAUCUGGAUCUGCAAGCUUCCUCCUGGCAGGAUACGCAGUUGGUGCAGUCGGAGGGGUUUGUGCUCUUGCUAACGUCCUGGGUGCCCAAGUGUGUAAACUGGAGAGACUGUGUGUCGGUGGGCAGUGGCAGGAGGCAAGAAAGCUGCAGCUUCGAUUAAUCGAGCCAAACGCUGCUGUGACGCGCAGUUUUGGGAUCCCAGGCAUGAAGCAGGCCAUGGAGUGGUUUGGAUACCAUGGAGGCAAUUGCCGUUCGCCCCUGGUACCGCUGACCGAGCAGGAGCAGAAGGAGCUGAGGGGGGUUUUUACUAGUAAUGGAUGGCUUUAGCUGAAAUGUGAAGAAAGCAACAGAAAUCGACAAGAAAUCAAAUAAAACUCGACAUCGUGUUUUAUUUAUCAUCAGGAGUUUGAUUUGAAAGUCUGCCCUGAUAUCCACACUGUACGUCUUCUAAAUCCUCAUUGAUUUGUAUUACUCUGUACGUUGUUGCAAUAAAUCCGCCAUGUCUGCACAUACUCUUAGG